UUAAUAAUAAUAAGGUAAAACUUUAUACAAUGACAACUAAAGUGUCUAAAAUAGUUUCUCGCUUUGUAUUAUUCAUUGUCGAAACCUUCAAUAUAAUAUCUAAUAUUAUCCAAACUCUAUAUCAUGUCCAAUCAGGUAUUAUAUUAUAAAUUGAUACAUAUUAGAUAUAAUCUGAUAAUUUGUUAAUUAUAAUUAAUCUAAUAAUUUAAUGUUAAAAAUUAAUUUUUUAGUUGUUUGGACAAAUGGAGAUCGAAAACAGUGACGUCGAGACUUUCACCUUCAAGGUAGACGUUACCAAGUUAUUAAUUUUCAAUACUUUUUACCCGCAUGAGGAAAUCUUCUUCCGAGAAUUAAUUUCAAAUUCCAUCGAUGCUUUGAAUAUGAUUCAUUAUAAUAGAUUUUUAUCAAAGCCUUUAAAAUUUGACAACUCUGAAGAACUGUGCAUCAAAAUUAUUCCAAACAAGUAUAAUCGUACUCUGACUAUUAUCGAUACUGGCAUUGGCAUGACUAAGAUCGACAUGAUCAAGAAUCUUGGAAUAAUUACAAAAUCUGGAAUGCAAGAAUCUCUCGCGCUUGAUGUUGAUAUCUCUUUGAUCGGUCAAUUCGGCAUAGGCUUCUACUUCGCAUAUCUUGUAGCUGAUAAAAUAACAGUUAUAUCCAAGCAUGAUGAUGACGAGCAAUAUUUGUGGGAGUCCAAUUCGACUAGAUAUUUCAGUGUCAGAUACGACUGUAAUGAACCAUUGGGACGUGGUACGAAGAUUAUUCUUUACAUUAAGCACGAUCGCUUUGAAUAUUUAGAGGAAAGCAAGAUUAGAGAACUCGUCUCGAAAUAUUUUCAAUUAAUUGACUAUCCGAUCAAAUUGCUUGUGCAGAAAGGAAACAAAGAAGAAGAUGAGAAAAAGAUCAGGGAGAAAUGUACAGAAUACGAAAUACUCAAUGAAAUAAAAUCUGUUUUGAUCGAAAAUUUAAAUAUUCAAGAACAUGAAUAUAAAAAUUUUUAUAAAUUACUAAGCAAAAGUGAUGAAUAUUUCGCUGUAAAGAAUUUCUUCGUGGACCAUCCAUUGAAAUUUCAAGGUGUACUCUAUGUUCCCUGUCGCAUUCCGGAAGAAGAUAUGACGAAAAGGAAUCAUAUAAAAUUGUACAGCAGGCGCAUUUUCAUGAUGGACAACUGCGUACAAUUAAUCCCGAGUUAUCUGAAUUUCAUACAGGGUAUCGUUAAUAUCCAAAAUCUUCCCUUAAAUAUAUGUCGUGAAACGCUGCGACGCAGUCAAAUCCUAAACAUCAUCCGUAAGAAAAUCGUAGAAAACUGUUUCGAGCUCCUCAACAAUCUUCAAAAGAACGCAAUUCUCUAUAAGAAAUUCUACGAACAGUUUGGUAAGAAUUAUCAAGUCAGGUGUUUACAGGGAUAAAGUCAAUCGAGAUAAAUUGAUAGAGCUUUUAAGAUAUUACACUUCUGCAUCCGGUAACGAAAUACAUUCAUUGAAUGAUUAUGUAAAGAGAAUGAAGAAUGGACAAAAAUAUAUUUAUUAUAUUAUUGGUGAAAAUCUGCAGCAAGUAAAGAAUAACGUGGUCACCGAACGCAUAAAAGAUCGCGAUUUAGAAGUAAUUUAUAUGACUGAUAUCAUCGACGAAUUCAUAAUGGCACAAAUAUUGUUUUCGUAUGACAGAAAAAGGAUGAUGACUGUUGCCAAAGAGGAUUGCAAGCUUCUCGAGAACGAGAUUGAAAAGUUGAAGAUUGCAGAGGACGCUGUCAAAUUCAACAGAUUGUGUAUAAUGAUGUACAGGAUCUUAAAAGGUAAGGUGGACAGAGUCGUGAUCUCUAACAGAUUGGAAAAAUCGCCCUGCUGCAUCAUGACCUCACGGUGCAGCUACACCGCCAACAUGGAGAGGAUCGUAAAGGGGCAAAUGGCGCCGAAAUGUGCCAAGUUCACCGAAUACAAGAAGAUGAGAAAGCAGUUCGAGAUCAACCCCGAUAACGUUAUCAUCCAACAUCUUUGGAAAAAGACAUCUCUUGGUUAUAAGAUCCAACAAAUUAAACAUUUCGUGGAACUGCUAUUCGAGAUCGCACAUAUCUUGUCCGGCUUCACUCUGCAAGAUCCGCAAUUGUAUCUUAAUAAUAUUUGCACCCUAAUUCCAUUGCAAU